UCCAGCAUUCGGGUGCAGCAGACAUGGGGAGCUGGUGAAGGUGCAGGUUGGAUGUACCAUGAGGUCUCCGCGUCUCUUGGCGGCUCUCUGCCUGCUGCUUACCGCCUCCUGUCGGCUCUGCUCGGCCGCCCAACACGGUUGUUUGUUUGAAAAGAAGCUCUGUCCGAGAGAUCAGCUGUGCAACGAUGACGGUUUGUUCGGACAGUGCCGGGCCCCUCACCAGGAGCCCGUCCAGUACCAGGUGUCCGUCCCCGUCCUGCACAAACUGCAGGAAGUCCUCAAAGACCUGAUGGUGCAGGGUCUGACGUGGCAGGACGACCUGACGCAGGAGAUCAUCAGCCGUGAGCUGAGUCGCCUUCCCACCGCCGCCUCCUCCAAUCCUCAGGAGAAAUCCCUCAAACUGAUGUCCAGGCUCCCGGGUCCCGUGCAGCGGAGGGUCCAGGAGCCCGAGGAGGUUGCUGACCCCGAUAUGAUGCAGCAGUACGUGGACUACAUGAUCCUGGACUCCCCCCAGUCUUCCGUGCACAUGCAGAGGCCCCUGCCGGACCCCUACGCCUUCCCGCAGAAGCAGAAGUACGGCUACCAGGAGGAGGAGGAGCGCUCCUUGAACUCUCUGGAUGACAAUCGGCUCGUCGCCUCCUCCUCUCGCUCCAGAAACUCUCUGGGCCGAGACCAGCAGCUCCUCCAGAACCUGCUCUCCUUUUACCUCACCUCCCCUUCCUCCUCGUCGUCGUCCUCCUCGUCCUCCUCCUCUUCCUCCCCUCAGCAGCCACUCUCCCGCCACAGAGGAGCUGCAGGAUUUCCCUCUUCACUCUCCUCCUCGUCCUUCUUCCCGGAGCUGGACUUCCCGUUGGACUACGGUGAGGACUACAUUUCCCAGGUGUCUCAGCUGAGCAAGCAGAAGCAGCAGGAGCAGGAGGAGGAGAAGAAGAAGAAGCAGGAGGAGUACGACGCCCUGUCAGGACUGGAUGAGCGCUCUCUGCAGAGGCUGGCACUGCUCCUCGAUCAUUAUGGGCUGGACAUGAAGGAUUUAUCCCCCGAGCAGAGGGAGGACCUGCCGGCCGCUCUGAAGCAGCUGCAGCUGGAGAGCUCCUUCAGCAGCACGCUCACCAAAGAUAAAUACGGGAACGGUGCUGCUGCAGGAAAGAAGGUCAAAGAGGGUGCAAUGGCGUACAAGUCUGCUGCGUCCUCCAACAACUCCCCAAAACCUGCAGCGGAGCAGAAACACUCGACCCCCCCGGCAGCUGGAAACCAGGAGAAGGACGAUGUGGUCGGACCUGCCAUCUCCUUCAGGCUCAGACCCAAGAACCUCACGGCUCCAGACGGGGCGGAGAAAUCCGUUGCAGAGAAGCACUUGCUGCAGAGCGGAGGAGGAGAGAGCCAUGAAGGGAAGGCGUUGCCCCUGGCGACCCGGGUGCAGCCCCGCCCCUCCGGCUGGGUGUUCUCCACGCUGGUUGCCAUGGCGUGCAUCGGCAGCGUCCUGGUGGCAGCCAUGACCAUCGCCUGCCUGCGGCACCACGCCCACCGGCUGGCCGCCCGGAAGUUGGGCCUGGGGCCGGAGGGGGGCAGCUUCACGCACCAGGAGUACCAGGACCUGUGUCGCCAGCACAUGUCCUCCAAGGGAGCCUUCGGACGCCUGGAGGCCGCCGCCCUGGGCGCUGUGGGGGGAGCGGGCGGAGGAGUGAGCGGAGGAGGAGGCGUUGGUGUCGGUGUUGCAGGUGGAGGAGCAGCCGGAGGAGACUCCAGAGUGAGCAGCGUCUCGUCUCAGUUCAGCGACGGCGCUCAGCCCAGCCCGAGCUCCGUCAGCAGCACGCCGUCCUGGUGCGAGGAGCCGGCGCAGGCCAACAUGGACAUCUCCACCGGACACAUGAUACUGGCCUACAUGGAGGACCACCUGAGGAACAAGGACCGCCUGAUGAAGGAGUGGGAGGCGCUGUGCUCCUACACCGCCGAGCCCAGCGCCGUCUCCAUCGCUCACAGCGACGCCAACGCCAAGAAGAACCGCUGCGCUCAGUCCGCCCCCUAUGAUCACUCCCGGGUGAAGCUGAAGGCGGAGGUCAACCCUUCUCGCUCCGACUACAUCAACGCCAGCACCAUAAUUGAGCACGACCCCCGCAUGCCGGCCUACAUCGCCACCCAGGGCCCGCUGUCACACACCAUCUCUGACUUCUGGCAGAUGGUGUGGGAGAACGGCUGCACAGUGAUCGUGAUGAUGAGCGCUCUGGUGGAGGACGGGGAGAAACAGUGCGACCGCUACUGGCCUGACGAGGGCUCGUCCCUCUACCACAUCUACGAGGUGAACUUGGUGUCGGAGCACAUCUGGUGUAACGACUUCCUGGUGCGGAGCUUCUACCUGAAGAACGUGCAGACGCAGGAGACCCGCACCCUCACUCAGUUCCACUUCCUCAGCUGGCCGGCGCAGGGCAUCCCCACCUCCACCCGCCCGCUGCUCGACUUCCGCAGGAAGGUGAAUAAGUGCUACAGAGGACGGUCCUGCCCCAUCAUCGUGCACUGCAGUGACGGGACAGGCCGGACUGGGACUUACAUCCUGAUCGACAUGGUUCUCAAUCGUAUGGCUAAAGGUGUGAAAGAGAUCGACAUCGCUGCGACCCUGGAGCACGUCCGGGACCAGAGGCCGGGCAUGGUCCGCACCAAGGAUCAGUUUGAGUUCGCUCUGACGGCCGUCGCUGAGGAGGUCAACGCCAUCCUCAAAGCUCUGCCGCAGUGAGACCCUCCUCUUCCUCCUGCCGUCCUCCUCCUCUCCACCAUGAUGAUGAUGAUCACGAUGAAGGACGACAUUCUGCUUCUCUGUCCGCCCGCCUGGUGUCAAAAAACCCCCAAGAAAACAUCUUACUGUGGGACAGCCUUAAAGCCAGAAAGGAUGGGUGUGAUUUUGAUGCGUUUGUGGCACAGAUGUGAUGUGUCCAGGGACAGGCGUGUUGCGUUCAAUGCCAAUGUGAUUUUAAAUUUAAAGCAAAACAAUUGAGAUUUUUUAAAAAGAGAUUAAAAAACCCACAUGCAUGGUUUGUUAUUCAUUCAGGAGAAUAAUGCCGUGUUAAAUUAACAAAAUAUAAAACCACCAGAAACUGCAAAUUACAAGAAAAUAAAAAAUAUUGUUAAAUAUAAAUUAAUGCCGGGUAAAAAAUGGAAGAAAUAAAACCAAGAUGCCUGCAAAGAUGUGUCCUUCCCAGCUUUGUCUUUGCAGGAUAUAUAAUUAAAAGUAACCAGCCACCCUGAAUGCAACCUCUGAACCACCAGUCUUAAAGGUGGGUGUUGAAUUGUGCUGCUGUCGGGUUCGAGCAGGUGUGGAAACAGGUGUGAAGGUGUGAAAAGGAGGAUUUGUGAUUGUUUACCUGCUCUCUCUGUAACUCCCCUCCCUCUCCUCACACACCUGCAGAAAAUACAAACACACAGCGUCCCUGUGUGUGUGUGUGUGUGUGUGUGUACAGGUCAUUCUACGUCACUGGAUAUAUUGUUGUUUACCUCAUGCAAGUCAAAAAAGAAAUAAAAAAAUUAAAAAUAAAUGCUAUUCUCUGAAAGAACAAGGAAAGCUUAUUUUGUAUCUGUGAGACCUUGAAUAAAUAUUUUAGUGUUGAA